CCCCCCCCCCCCCCCUCCGUCGUGUAGCAUAACUUUGCUUGUUCACGAGACCUCACUCCGUACCGUAGCCCCCCUUCCGCGCGCUCACCCCUUGACCACUUCUGUACUUGUGUGUCACCGAAACCCGGGCUCUAAAGCGCGGGAACACGAGAGAAGAAGGCAAUGGACGGCUCGGUGGCGGGAGGGAUCAUGCCUGACAUGUCUUUCGGACUGCGAGGUCACGCGCUCCCGGUGAUGCCCAACCAGCGCAAGACGAAAGCCAGACGGAAAAAGCGAAAGGAGUUGUUCGCCUUCCAGAUGUGCUUCAUGGGGGCGCUGCUGGUCCUGGUGAUGGGCAUCAAGUCUCUGGCACGCAAAACAGGGUAUGGAGGCUCCAGCUCACUGGUGAUGAUUGAGGAGGAGGAGCGGAACGGAGACACCAGGUGGGAGAGCCGACACCUCCUCCAGAACUUCUACGACAACGCUUCAGACCUCGUCCCUGAGGCUGAAUCCAAGAACUGCACUGAACCGGCCAUCCACGAGUUCCCCCGCGACUUCUUCACCAACCAGGAGCGAGUCGACGGAGCAGUGGGCCUGCACGUCCUGUGUGCUAUGUACAUGUUCUACGCCCUGGCCUUGGUGUGUGAUGACUACUUUGUGCCCUCCCUGGAGAAGCUCUGUGAGCGUCUGAAUCUGAGCGAGGACGUGGCCGGAGCGACCUUCAUGGCAGCAGGUAGUUCAGCUCCUGAACUCUUCACCUCUGUCAUCGGGGUGUUCAUCACCAAGGGGGACGUUGGCGUAGGCACCAUCGUGGGCUCAGCUGUCUUCAACAUCCUCUGCAUCAUCGGCGUGUGUGGCAUCUUCGCCGGACAGGUGGUGCGUCUGUCGCGGUGGCCUUUACUCAGAGACUCUACGUACUACACACUUUCCAUCUCUGCCCUCAUCGUGUUCAUAUAUGAUGAAAAGGUUGUGUGGUGGGAGGCUCUGACACUGAUUCUGAUGUAUUUCGUCUACAUAUUGAUAAUGAAAAUGAACUCCCACAUCGUGCGCUUCCUGGAGAGGCGGAACAAGAGCUCCAACCUGAGGAACGGGGCGGCCAGCAACACGGAGCUGGAGGACAGCUGUGACGCCACCGCCGUGCUGCUGAAGAAAGCCAACCACCACAGGAAGCAGUCAGUGCUGAUGGUGGACGAGCUGCUGUGCGCCUACCCCCACCAGCUGUCCUUCUCCGAGGCGGGCAUGCGCAUCAUGAUCACCAGCCACUUCUCCCCGCGGACACGCCUCACCAUGGCCUCCCGCAUGCUCAUCACCGAGCGGCAACGGCUCAUCAACACGCGGACUUUCACCAACGGGGAGACGGACGCGGCGGGGAAAGCCGCAGGGAGGCGUGGCCAGGAGAACGGGGUGGGCGGAGCCAAUGCCGAGAGAUGCCCCGGCCGUCGUCGUGAUGACCAGGAGGCCGGCAACGAGACUGAAAACGAAGACAAUGAGAACAACGAGAACGACGAGGAGGAGGUGGUGGAGGCCGAUGGAGAGGGGCCCUUCGUACCUUUCCAGUGUCCAGGCGGUGUGUGUAACAAGGUGAAGUGGCUGCUGGCCUGGCCCCUGUGCCUGAUUCUGUACUUCACGGUCCCCAACUGCUCCACGCCGCGCUGGGAGAACUGGUUCAUGCUGUCCUUCACCGCCUCCACCCUCUGGAUCGCCUGCUACUCCUACGUCAUGGUCUGGAUGGUGACUGUGAUUGGCUUCACGCUGGGUAUCCCUGACGUCAUCAUGGGCAUCACAUUCCUGGCAGCGGGCACCAGUGUACCGGACUGCAUGGCCAGCCUCAUAGUGGCCAGACAAGGUAUGGGAGACAUGGCCGUGUCCAACUCCAUCGGCAGUAAUGUGUUUGACAUUCUGGUCGGGCUCGGCCUCCCCUGGGCUCUGAAGACACUGGCCAUCAACUACGGUUCAUCCAUCAAGCUGAACAGCAAGGGCCUGAUCAUCUCGGUGGGCCUGCUGUUGGCUUCGGUCUUCAUCACGGUGAUGGGGGUGCACCUGAACAACUGGAAGCUGGACCGGCGCCUGGGCAUCAUCUCCAUCAUGCUGUACUCGGUCUUCGUCUCCUUCUCCUGCCUCAUAGAGUACAACAUCUUCACCUUCGUCAACCUGCCCACCUGCCGGGACGACUGAGCACCACACACACACAAAGAGGAAUGCAUAGAGACACACACACACACACACACACACACACACACACACACACACACACACACACACACACACACACACACACACACACACACAUACACACACACACACACACACACACACACAAGAAGCACACAGGGUGGUGGUUGAUGUGUUUGAAUAACAUUGAAUAACAGGAAUAUUCUCCAGCCCAAGUCACACUAAUGAGACGGUAUUUAAUAUCUCAGAGAUGGCCCCAGAGGAAAUAUUAGCAUUUCCAUUACAUUAUACUUUGUAUUUGAAUGUUCAUGAGACAUUGAGUUUCCUGCUUUCUAUUUGUUCUGUGAGUGGGGUGUCUCAGUGCACCUCACACACAGUCCAAUAUGAGGCUACAUUUGUGUGUAUGAGUGUGUGUGUGUGUGUGUGUUUGUGUGUGUCUGUCUGUAAGUGCACAUUCCUGUUAUUUAACUUUACAGAAAAGAGGCAAAUGGGGAACCUGAGAGCAUCCCCAACUGAACUUUAUCCAGGCCUGUCUGCGGUACAACACAGCAGUCCACUACUCCUUGCAAGUGGAGGUAUUUACUAUGGAAGUCAAUGCAGAAUAUUAUGUAGACUGAAGUCUAAUUCUUGAAAAAAACGGGGCAGGUAUCGUUGAGUUCCCAGGACCAAAUAAUUGGUUCUUCUAUUGAAAGAUAAUAACGAUGAUAUUAGAAAUGGUUGUUGGGUGCCAUGGCUUUAGGGUACGGUGCAGUGGUAAGGAUUAAUCGUUUGUGUUAUUUGUGGAAGAAUACUUAUGGUCAGUCAAAUUGAAAUUCUUCAGACAACUGGGGCCACAAAGUGAAGUCAGAACUCUAAAAAAUGUACAUAGGAGUGUAAGUUCCAUUACCAAAUAUACGCCACUUGUGGUUUAUACUAAAAGGUGUUUAAGAGCAAUCUUUCAAGUCAAUUCCUUUUUUGACUAAAAGUUUAACAUUUUUAGGCGACCCAUGCCACAGAUAUACAGGGCAUUGCCCACCUAUUUCCAAGAUGGACUUCAAUUAUAUCACAGCAGUAGGUAUGUUUUAGGUGUGUAGGUAGGUGUGUUUUAUAUUACAAGACUUCUAAAAACGAUAUCUCUGUAAAUAUAUAUAUAUAUAUAUAUAUAUAUAUAUAUAUAUAUAUAUUAUUUAUUAUUUCUACACGUAGCAAAAACACAUUCCUCUUUUUCGAACCACAACUUAUGGGUUUUUAACAGUCGACAGUUCACCCUCCAGGGAGUCGACCUUAGAGUAGAGACACAUCCGUCCAGACGUAUCUAUCGUACCUGUGUACAAAAAAAAAGCACAAUUCUCUUUUGAAAACAAUAUGUAAUCAACGUUAUAAAUGUGUACUGGAGUAUGAUUGCAUAGGUUGUAGAGGAAACGGUUCGCUUUGCACUGACGAGUAGGCCUUGUGUGGCUGUGAGUGUUGACCAUGUCCCUGUUCUGUUGACGGUCCUGAAAACAUGCUGAUUAUAUAAGGGGAAAGUCCUUGUAAGAUGAAGCAUUACGAUGUGCUUUGUUAUUUUCUUCUUUUUUUAAAUGACAAAAAAAGGAAAACAACGUAACGUAAACAGUUGAAUGGAGAGAGAAUAACGGCCACUACAUGGUUCAUAGCACCAUGGCACCACCUGGAGGCUACUGUACGAAUCAACACUGUUUAUACCAGACUGUUGCCUAAUGCUCUAUUUUAAAAGCCACUUGCGAAACUGACACAGAACGGGGAUGGAGUUGAUCCACAAGCAGCUGUUUGCAAGUUGUAUCAUCAAUUAUUGCGAUGAAGGAUGGACUUCCAUUUCCAUUACUUUUGACUUUUCUGUGAUCUUACAGAGGUAUUUGCAUGUUUACUGUCAUGCGAUAUGCAGUGUUAGUUAUGUUAGACCAUGCUGGCAUUAGGAAAGGAUGCACAAUUAAGCAUCAGCAAUCUCCCCUUCCAUUGUUUUUUUAUAGAAGUCAUGAUUGAUUAUGACUUGAUUGAUGAUGAUUUAAAUUGUUUGGGGUUUUCUUUGCUGAUUGUUCUUAUCAACAGAUCCAUUUGUAUUCUGUCAUUUAUAAUGAAAAUACUUGUCAAUCUAUGGUAGGUUUGUGUGGUCCACCAGUGUUCCUUCUAGGAUGUUGACAGUUGUGCGUUGUUGUUAAUGAACUAAAAGAGUAUUUUUCUUUCAACCACCUUAAAGUCAAGGUAAGCCAGCCGGGGGAGAACCUAGCAUCCCCAUGUAUGACCAGAUGUUGAUGUAUUAUAUAUCUACAGACAAAGCUAACCAUACCACUACACACAGACACACUCUUUUUAGCUGUCAAAGGGUUCAGCUAUGAUGGAAAUAUAAGCUUUUUUCCUCAUUCUUGAUGAGGUCCUUGAAAAUAUAAAGGGACCACGUUCUUUUUUGUUUUUGUAUUUUUGAGGGGAGGUAGUUGUUAAAACAGACUGAAUCUAAUUUGCUUCUUGUACAAUGUUUUAUUUAUUAAUCAACAGUACAAAAUGUAAUUUGUUGUUUUGCUAAGGAAUAUGUGUCUUUAGAAUGUACGUGUAAAGUAAUCAUUGUCGUUAUUAUUUUUAUAUAUAUAAAUAUGUGUAUUUAUUUAUUACAGUCAGAGUACUUCUCUGUGCUGCUACCGGGAAACAGGGUUUAAUUGUGUUCAGAUUAUUUGUAAUGCAAUAAUUAUAGGCUUGCAAGUGUAAAUAAGCCACUUUAAAGAUCAAAGAUGAAAUUUAUAGCAGCAGAGUUCCAAAUGUAUGAUCUCUUGAUAUUUACAGAUAUAGUGUUGUCCUCUAUGUAGGGGUAUGUUUGUAGAGAAAUUUCCAAUCACUAUAAAAACCUGACUGUUACUUGCAUAUCUCAAACACAAAACACUUAAUUAGCUUUUUGUGCAAAUUGUGAUUGACUCACAAAACGACACAAGCAGCAUUCAGUUAGCAGCAGUUAGCUGCACCUGUAAGUCCACCGUUGGAAACCGUUUUUUUGAGUACAUCAACUAUUGUACUCCUUACUUAUUUAACACCAGCCCUGGCUUUUAGCUCAGUCUCAGGUAGUACUGCUAUCUAGACAAGCUGUUUUUACAAAGCUUACACAAAGUUAUUGUCUCUAUAAUAUAUACUGCAUAGGGAAGAACAUAUUUUCUGUCUGCAAUGUCCUCAAAAUCCAUUGAAGCAACAAGAGAAGCAUUUGUAUUUCUUGUGCCCCCCUAUUGCUUAAGCCCCAUAAAUAUAUAACUGAUACUUAAUUGAUUUGGUUAAACAAAUUCUAUGCUGCUAUUGUUUCCAAGUUACAAGCUCAAGAUCUCAAUUACGGUACCAUGAUUUUUAAACUGAUCAAACUGUCUCCGAAACAUUCACCUUUUCAAAAACGAGUUGUCUUGUUGUGAGACACUUCUAUAUAAUUUGUGAUAUUCACAUGGGUGAUAUUACUGAUGUAAAAAUGUACAAAAAAUAGGGAUAGAUGUAUUUAUAUUUUUUGUCUCAAUCUGUAUAUCUGUUUGAAUAUAUUUUCAUAGAUCCUAGGUCUGCUCCUUGUAAGCCCUUUCCAGAGCAGUAAUGCCCCCUUUGUCGUUUGUUUACUCGCAUGAGGAUAGAUAAUAUAAUAAAAUAAUUUAUGGUAAAACUCUAUAAUGUACUCUUAUUUUUUAGGUGAGAUUCUAAUGACUGUUAAGAUGGCACUGGAUUAGUUUGGACUGUACGCUCCCGAUGACUGCAUGCUCCCGCGGGUAUAGCUUAGCAACGUACAGAGGAUGACGACUCGAUGCAGGUGAUAUGGUUUCCCGCUCUCUGUUUGAGCGGUAAAUCCUACACGCACAAGGAACUUUUUUGGGACAGAAAUGGGUUUACUUUUGUGUUUAAAUGUUAGACAUCAUUUUAGGACGGAUUUUGGUACCUUAACAUUAAUAAAGCUCUUUGCUUAAGGUAU